CGCACACCUAAGCCAAACUUUUCGUGAUCAUCAAGCAUCCACUGACUGAUAAGUAAAAUGGCUUGCACCGUUGUACCGAAUGCCAUCUUCAAGAACGGCAACAGCAUCCCCAUGAUCGGAUUGGGCACCUGGAACUCUCCCCCGGGACAGGUUGCGCAGGCCGUAAAGGAUGCCAUUGACGCCGGCUACCGCCACAUCGACUGUGCUCAUGCAUACCAAAACGAGCAUGAAGUUGGUGAAGGGAUAGCGGCCAAAAUUGCUGAAGGUGUCGUGAAGAGGGAAGAUCUCUUCGUGACCAGCAAACUGUGGAACACUUUCCACCGUCCGGAUCUGGUCGAGGGUGCCUGUAGAACCACGCUGAAAAAUCUUCAACUGGAUUAUCUCGAUCUGUACCUGAUUCAUUGGCCAGUGGGUUACAAAGAAGGUCCGGAACUGUUCCCAAUGGGACCGGAUGGGAAAACGUUCAUUUUCUCGGAAGCCGAUUACGUCGAUACGUGGCCCGAGAUGGAGAAACUCGCCGAUGCAGGUUUGGUGCGAAAUAUUGGACUUUCCAAUUUUAAUACCAAACAGAUGCAGCGCGUUCUUGACAUUGCACGGAUCGUUCCGGCGACGAAUCAAAUCGAGUGCCACCCUUAUUUGCAUCAGGCGAAAAUUACGUCCUACUGUGCAGCGAAAGGUAUCAUCGUUACGGCGUACAGUCCGCUCGGGUCCCCAGCACGGCCCUGGGUUAAGGCAGACGAUCCGGUACUGAUGGAUGAUGCAGCGGUAGGCGAGCUUGCCAAAAAGUAUGGCAAAACUACGGCACAAAUUUUGAUCCGCUACCAAAUCCAGCUGGGCCACGUCGUCAUACCGAAAUCGGUCACGAAGGAACGAAUCGUAUCGAACUUCGACGUAUUUGGCUUUCAGCUGGACGAGGGCGAUAUGAAACGUUUGGCCGGAUUGGAACGCAACGGGCGCAUUUGUCCGGAAACGAGCGCAUUUGGACAUCCGCAUCAUCCGUUCGAGAAGGAAGAAUAGAAAUGUAAUAUUCCUCUCCCGUUCGUGCAGAAAUAUCUAAAUAAAAUACGUUUCGCUUCA